AUGGAUGAUCAAAGAACAUUAAGGCAGUUUGCUGCUCCUGAUAUUAAUUAUAAUGACUUUUGUAUUGAAUAUUCUGAUGUUUCGGUUCCUUUUGAGUUAAAAUCUGGUUUAAUACACUUGUUGCCAAGGUUUAGUGGUCUUGCAGGUGAGGAUCCGCAUAAGCAUCUCAAGGAAUUUCAGGUUGUCUGCUCUACACCAUUGAGACCUGAAGGAAUCACCGAAGAUCACAUCAAGCUGAGAGCCUUCCCGUUUUCACUACAGGUUGCUGCCAAGGAUUGGUUAUAUUAUCUUGAGUCGAAUUCUGUCACGACUUGGAAUGAUUUGAAGAGAGUCUUCCUAGAGAGAUACUUUCCUGCCUCCAGGGCUGCAUCGAUCCGAAAAGAUAUAUGUGGUAUUAGACAGGGAAAUGAGUCAUUGGCUGAGUAUUGGGAGAGAUUCAAACAAUUAGUAUCCAGCUGCCCUCAAUAUCAAAUUACCGAACAACUGCUUAUUCAAUAUUUCUAUGAGGGAUUGUUACCAAUGGAUAGAAACAUUCUUGAUGCUGCUAGUGGUGGAGCACUUGUCGAUAAAACUCCAGUUGCUGCUAAAGCUCUGAUUGAGAACAUGUCACUCAACUCCCAACAAUUCACAACCAGAAAUAAUUCUAUGGUCCAAACAAAAGGUGUGAAUGACAUUCAGGUUUCCUCUUCCGAUAAGGCUUUAGAAACCAGAAUUAAAGAGCUUACUUCUUUAGUGAAACAAAUGGUAGUGGGUAAACCUCAAACAGCAAAGUUGUGUGGUAUUUGUACUUCUACUGAACAUCCAACUGACACAUGUCCUAUUCUUCAAGAUGAUUCAGUCACUCAGUUGCCUCAAGCUUAUGCACCCAACCUUUACAAUCAAAACAGGUACAAUAGUACUCCUGACCUGUCCACCAACAAAUACCAUCCCAAUUGGAGGAACCAUCCCAACCUUCGAUAUGGAAACCUACAACAGAACCCACCUCAAGUGGCUGCCCCUGCACCUUCCAGACCAUCCUUAGAAGAUCUUGUCAAACAAAUGGCCGCCAACAAUCUCCAAUUCCAACAAAGGACCGAUUCUAGCAUUCAGACCUUGAACACGCAAAUGGGACAACUUGCUACUCAAAUAAAUAACAUGCAAGCUCAAGGGUCGAACCAGCUUCCAGCCCAAACAGUUGUCAAUCCAAAGGAUUCUAAUGCUAAUGUGAGUGCGAUUUCGUUGAGAUUUGGAAAGGUUACAAAAACAGCCCCUGAAAAAAAUAAAAAAAAUAUUGAGGUAACAUCUGAACGUGAACCUACUCCAUCUGAACAUGUUUCAUCUGAAAAAAUUAAAGAAAAGGAGUAUGUGCCACCAGUCCCCUUCCCACAUAGAGUUCUGAAAAAUAAAAGAAUUGAGGAGAGAGACAAGGAAAGAGAGAUAUUGGAUGUUUUUAGAAAAGUUGCGGUAAACAUUCCGCUUCUUGAUGUUAUUAAGCAGGUCCCAAAGUAUGCAAAAUUUCUAAAAGACUUGUGCACAAGUAAGAAAAGGUUGAAGGGAAAUGAGAGAAUAAAUUUGGGACGAAACAUUUCAGCCCUUAUCCAGCCUAAACAUUCACCUGAAAAAGCUAUUGUUUCAUCCCUCAAUCAGGCCAUACCCCAAAAGUGCAAGGAUCCAGGAACUUUUUAUAUUCCAUGUACCAUUGGGGAUAGUAAAUUCGACAAUUGCAUGCUUGAUUUGGGAGCAGGCAUUAAUGUUAUGCCUACUUCUGUUUAUAAUAACCUUGAUCUUGGUCCUUUACAGCAUACAGGUUUAAUCAUUCAACUAGCGAACAGAAGUAAUGCUCGCCCUAUUGGAGUAGUGGAAGAUGUGCUUGUUCAAGUUAAUGACUUGAUUUUUCCUGCAGAUUUCUACAUUCUAGACAUGUAUGGAGAAACAAAUUCAAGCAGAUCGCCCAUCAUUUUAGGCAGAUCGUUCAUGAAAACAGCGAAAACAAAAAUUGAUGUCGACGAUGGAACCAUGUCCAUGGAAUUUGGUGACAUUGUCGCAAAAUUUAACAUUUUCGAUGCCAUGAAACAUCCCUUGGAGGAGCAUUCUAUUUUUCAUAUUGAAUUGAUCUCUGAGUUGGUUGAUGACACCUUUUCUAAAUUGGUGAUAGUAUAA